GAGCCGGCUCUCAGAAGUGAUCAAGACCAAAUUGGUUCUCCAGAAUGAAGUCGCUGCAGCCCGUCAGCGGGAGAACCAACUGCGGGAGGAUUUGCGAUUGAAGAUGGAAGCAAAGGAAACAUCACAAUUCCCCAGGAGUUGUUUGCAGUUCGACAUGACUGCGGAGGAGCCAGGUAUAGAGAAACGACUUGACAGCGAUGAUGACGCUUCAGGAGCUGAAGCUGAUGAAUUCGAUUUGGAGUUUACUUAUGAGGAUGCCACAGACCUUGCUUCCUACUUCCCCAUUGCGCGUGUCGCAAGUAUGGGGAAGCGACCCUCCAACAAAGUGCAGCCAGAGAUGACAACAGCGGAAUUCGAUAGCAUCAUGGGCGAGUUGCAAGAGGUCGUUCUGGAGUUGCAGGGUGAAAAGAAAAACCCAUCUCCAGUCCCCAAGGAAACCGCUGAGAAGCCAAGGAUGGACGAGCAAGAAUUCCAGAAGAUCCUUGGCGAACUGGAACAAGCCGCGAAAGAAUUAUCCUUGGGCGGCAUCCAGGAGCCAUCGAAAUCAUCGAAUGCUAAUGUUUCGGAGCAACCAAAAGCUCCAGAAAAGAAGGAACCUGAGCCUCAAGGCGCCCCCGAAGUGGUGACGCCGGCGGAACAAGAGGAGCCUCCGGAGCCUCCGGAGGAGCGGCCUGUGCCGGUGGUCUCUGGCCUGGCGUUGCUUUCUCCGGAUUCUGCAGAUUCCGGCAAAAAUGAGGUCCCCGUGCCAGAUGCCCUCAAGGGCAAGGAAAUCACCAUUCUUUGUCGAGCCGUUGAUUCAGCAUACAGCACCUUGCUUGCACCUGGUCAAGUCAUUGCAACGCUGGAUGACUGUGUGACCAUUGGUCGCGAUCCGAACUGUGAUUUGCCUGUGAACUUGCUUGAGGCUCAGUCGGGAGUGUCUCGAAACCAUGCAGAGCUCCGUCUGUGCGAACGUCGCGGGGAGUAUCGUGUGGCAAUCGUGGACUUGUCCUCCAAUGCUACGGGCCUGAAGGCGCCGGAUGGGAGCGUCACACAUUUGGAGCCCAAUGUGGCUACGGAGGUGCCCGAGGGCACAUGGGUGGUUCUUCCUAUGAAAAUCAAGGCUUCUGGACAGGAUGCUACGGAUCUUCGGAUGGCAUUCGCGAUCGAAAUGGAGCCCAAAAAGGUGAAGGAAGUGAGACCCAAAGUCGCGACAGCGACAGCGACGGAAUCCGGAAGUCUUGCUGCGCUUCUGCGGAAUCAUGAGGAUUUGGAAUUGAAGGAGAAACAUUUGAAGGCCAGAGAAGAGAAGGAGAGGCAAAAGCAGUUGGAGAAGGAAAAAGAAAGAGAGAAGGAAAGAGAAAGAUUAAGGGAAAUGCAAAAGGAGUGGGAAUUGGAAAGGGAAGAGGAAAAGGAGAAAGAGAAUGUGAAGCAAAGGAAGAGUGACAGUGAGGGAGGCAACCGAGGCAACCGCGAGAAAAAGGACCGUCAGAGAGAUCGAAGGGAUCGUGGACGUGACGACCGUGACGACCGCCGUGACGACCGCCGUGACGACCGCCGUGACCGACGGGGCGACCGGGACCGCGACCGCCGCGACGGUCGUCAAGACGGUCGCAGGGACGACCGUCGAGACGACCGUCGAGACGACCGUCGAGACGACCGCAGGGAUCGAGACAGGGACCGCGACGACCGCUACGACCGGCGGAAAGAACGGGAGCGAGGAGGCUCUCGUCGACGGAGCCCCAGCAGUCGUAGAAAUGUGAGGAGGAGAAGCACGCCUCCGAAGCGUCCGACCCGACGGCCAUCGCCCAGACGGGUUGAGAGGUCCAGAUCCAGGUCCCGGAGAGAGCGCCGCGAUCCACGGGAUGCACCGCGCCGGAGAUCGCCGAGAUCGCCCAGCCCGGACAACCGCGGACGGCGGAAGGCCUCGUCCUCCUCGAGGUCCGAGCGGAAAAAGGUCGGCACAGGUCGAAAUUUCACCAGUGGUCCAGAGUCAACGGUGUCCACCGUGUCCCAAGAUCUGCUGAGAGAACUUUCCAUCGGGGCGGGCCCAUCAGGUCCAUCAGGUCUGUCGCUGCCGGUGCCGGUGGCUCCCGGUCUGCCACGGCCGCGGGUCGAAAUGUGUGCAGACUUCAAACGUGGAGCUUGUCACCGAGGUGACCGAUGCAAAUUUUCGCAUGGAAGAGAAGCUGUUGGAGUUGAGAUCUGUGCUGACUUCAAAAGAGGAGCUUGUUUUCGUGAACAUUGUAAAUUUGCACAUGAAGGUGGUACAUCUCUGGGUCCAUCUCUGCCAUCUUUGAGUGCCCUGAGUGCCCUACCAUCGCUCAGUGCACGGUUGGGGCUGGGCCUGGAAAUGUGCGCCGAUUUCAAGCGCGGAGCAUGUCAACGUGAGCGAUGCAAGUUCUCACAUGGAGAUGCGCCGAGACUCAGUGAAGUCCAGCCGUUGUCACUGCCAUCAGCUCAGUCACCAAGUUUGGACGUGUCAGAAGCUGCAGCCAAAGCAGCCGCAGCACUCAUGGCCAAAGAAACACCACACAUACCACAGCCGCGUGAAGUGAAGAGCAUUGAAGUGGGCAGCGACGUCCAAUUUCUGCACAACGGAAGUUGGACCAUCGGCACGGCCUUGGCAUAUUCGGCAGAUGGAGAGAAAAUCACGGUGCUGACGGAUUCAGAACAACUUGAGGUUCCCGUGGCUUCUGUGAGACGUCCUGGAGCGGAGCAAGCCUCAGGGCAGUGA